AAAUAUCCCAAUUCCUCAUUCAUUCACUCUCUCUCUCCUCCUCUUUCUCUCUCUAACAUUUUAUAGGAAGCAAAAGCACAAUUUGGUGAAGCUCUGAGCUGUACAACAGCCAUCGCCUACACACCCUUCAAAGAUCUGCCACCUCUCUCUUUGCGAGUCUCAUAGAUAUACUCAAAGUGCCAUAGCGUUUGGAUCUCUUAGGCGACGUCGUCUUCAGCUAGAGGACUGCAGAAGUAGAACAGCUUCUUCAUCUGCAGCAAAUUGAGGAAGUCUGAAUGGCUAGUCGAGUGAAAGAGGACGAGAAAAAUGAACGAAUUAUUCGUGGCCUUCUUAAACUUCCCGAGAAUCGCAGAUGCAUUAACUGCAACAGUCUGGGGCCACAAUAUGUUUGCACGAAUUUCUGGACAUUUGUUUGCACAAACUGCAGUGGAAUUCAUCGGGAGUUCACGCACCGAGUAAAAUCAGUAUCAAUGGCCAAAUUUACUUCACAAGAAGUUAAUGCCCUUCAAGAAGGGGGAAAUAAGCGUGCAAAGGAAAUUUAUCAUAAAGAAUUGGACCCGCAACGUAAUUCCUUUCCUGACAGCAGUAAUGUUGAGAGGCUUCGAGACUUUAUUAAGCAUGUGUACGUGGAUAGAAGAUAUACCGGUGAGAGAAACUUGGACAAGCCUCCAAGGGCGAAAAUGGGUGAGAAGGAAGACUCUUAUGAAAACAGAAGACUGGAUUCAUAUCAAGGAGGCUCUCGAAGCCCACCAUAUGAUGAUACAUAUGAACGUCGUUACAGUGAAAGGUCUAGUCCUGGUGGAAGAAGUUAUGAUGGGCAAAGAAGUCCUGGAUAUGAUCUAGAAGCCCGGCAGUAUAAUGAUUAUAAGAAAAGUCCUGGUCGCCCUGAAAUUGUGAAUGAUUGGCGUCGAGAAGAUAGAUUUGGAAAUGGGAGGCGAAAUGAUGAUCGCAGAAUAUCCGAUGGAGAUUCUAAGCUGGAUGCUAAAUCACCUGAAAGACCAAGAGAUCUAGAUUCGUCCAGCCCCCCUAUUGUACGGCCUGUUAGAGAUAUUUUGGGAGAUAACACAAUACCUCUCCGUAUAAUUGAACCUCCAAAAGCUAACAGUGCAAGGGCUGCUGAUGGCUCUGUGCAGACACAGAGAACUGCGUCUUCCAGCAGCUUGGGAUCCACCAAUGGGAAUCCAGUGGAAGUGAAACCGGAGACUUCUGGAAGUUUAAUUGAUUUUGAUGCUGAUCCUGAACCUGCUCCUGCUGCUGCAGUUCCUCAACCACAACAAACUACUGUAGCUCAAUCCUACCCACAGCCAGCGAAUUCAACCAAUGACAACAAUUGGGCCUCUUUUGAUGUUGCUCCAGAAGUGAAAGCACCACAAGCCCCUGCGAAUGUGAAUUCAUUGGAAUCUCUGCUAUCACAAUUGUCGGUUUCAGCACCUGGCCCUAGUUAUGUUUCUGGAGCUACAGGUAAUAUGGGUGCUCCCACAAUUGCAUCAUCAAGCAGCGUGUCAACAUUUUCCCCUGUUGGUGCUCCGGUUCCUGCACCAGGAUUGGCUCAAGUAUUCCCAGUCAAUGGUGGUAGUUUCGUUGUUAAAGAUCCUACUUCUGGGCAAUGGCCUACCAUGCAGCAUCAGCAACCUCCUUUAUACUCUGCUAGUGGUAUUCAGCCUGCUGCUCAACAAUUUAUACCGUCAGUUGAUGGAGCUUCAAGCAAUCAGCCAUGGAAUUUAACACAUGCCCCACAUGCACAAGGUCAGCCAAGUAUCUCUGCACCACAAGCACAACAAGAUGUCUCAAGAUCUGGCCAUGAUGUUAGUACUAUUGCAUCACAACCUUCAGCUGGUGAUGCAAAACCAAGUGGAAGAAGAGAACUUCCUGCGGAUAUGUUCGCUAUGAACUUUUCAUCCUUUCCUGCACCAGUUCCUGGAUGGCAAACUGGUCCUCCUCGUGCUAUGGGGUUCGCUAUGCCAUAUAACACUGCAGUGCCCAUGCCUAUGUUUCAGCAGUCAUCAAAGUCAGCAAACCCUUUUGAUGUCAACAGUGAACCUCCAAUACAAGCCUCAACAUUUCCUUCUGCGGCAUCCUUUCAAGCUGCUCUACCAAACGUCCAGUCUUUGUCCCCACCAGGUUUAGUGCGCACUUCCAGCCUCAAUACUCCCUCAUCAGCUUGGAUGCCGCUCCAGUCAUCAUCAUAUUCGUCAGCGGUGCCUCCCCAAGCACCACAAUAUGCAUCACAGGUGCCUCCCCAGUUAUCAUCAUAUUCUUCGGCAGUGCCUCCCCAAGCACCACAAUAUGCAUCACAAAUGCCUCCAAGAGCCUACAUGGUGCAACAAGUUCCGAGUAGCAUGCCACCUUCCGGGUAUCAAGGAGCAGUGGGCUUUGGCAGCGAGGGCUCUGCUUUUGCUUCAUUAAAUACAGAUCAACAGCUGAUAGGUAGAUUCUCAGCUCCUGCUACCCCAAAUCCUUACUCGUCUGCUGGAGGAAAUCCAUUUGGGUAGAUGCAAAGAACAAGGUGUCUCUAAUCCCAUUUAGGGUAAGCAUCAUCUUGUUGCUGCUGCUGCCCGUCGAAUUGCCAGGUGGAAAGUAUUGGUUUCUAUCUUGGUAGAUUUUAAGUUAUCUGAUGCUGCCUAAAGAGUCAGAAGGUCAACAUGUACAAUUUGUUUGCUGUUGUAAGAAAGUGAGAAAAGAGUAUAUAGUUGAAAAGGGGAUAAAGUGGUAGAGUUGCCUGCUUCAAUGGGGACCCUAGGUAUCUAUUUUUCGCCCAGCCAAGCCAUUCUAUUGGGUGAUCUACAAGUUUAAUUAUUUUUUUGUUCUAGCUGCCCCUUGUAGUUCUUUUUUUGUUUCCAUUUUUUUUAUUUUCCUGGUAUGUUGUAUGAUUUUGCAAUCUCUUCUUCAUUGUGUUGUGAGCU